AUGGGUCCAAUGUUUUUACCAGAACCUACAACGGCUAUUUUUGAAGAAUCAUCGAGUGGUUUUUAUGAAAAAUGCCAAUUUCCUAACUGCAUAGGAAGUAUUGACGGGAAACACGUAACUAUUAAAUGCCCAGACAACAGUGGAUCACGAAAUUUUUGUUACCUAAAAAAGUUUUCGCUUGUGUUAAUGGCAAUAGUUGAUCCAGAUUAUAAACUUAUUUGUGUCGAUGUUGGUGGUUAUGGCCAAAAUUCAGAUGGUGGAAUUUUAGAAGAAUCGGCAAUGGGUAAACGUUUGGAAGCUGGGACAUUAAAUGUGCCAAAAGGUGUACCAUUAUGUGAUAAUGAUUACCUAUCAUCGUUCCACUCAGAAUCUAAAAAAUAA